CAUUGCGCUUGCCAGUGUGCAACGUAGACAGUCUACAGUCUGCAUAGCAUAAAAAUGGCUACUGAGUCAUAGCAGUUAUCAUUACAAUUGCAUAUCUAUGGAUGCUUUUUAAAACUGACAUUGAACAAACUCACCAACGUAUCUAGUCAUCUGUAGAUAAACACUGUUCCCCGUUAGGUAUAUCAAAACACCCCGCGUUCCCAAAUAACCAGGUACAAUGGCGAGUCCACGCACUAGAAGAGUUUUGAAGGAGGUCAGAACACAGGACGAAAACAACACUUGCUUUGAGUGUGGGGCAUUCAAUCCCCAGUGGGUGAGUGUGACCUAUGGCAUCUGGAUCUGCUUGGAGUGUUCUGGCAAGCACAGGGGCUUGGGAGUCCACCUUAGCUUUGUGCGUUCUGUCACCAUGGACAAGUGGAAAGACAUUGAACUGGAGAAGAUGAAGGCUGGAGGGAAUGGCAAAUUUCGCCUGUUCUUGGAGCUGCAGGAAGACUACGACCCCUGCUGGACAUUGCAGGAAAAAUACAACAGCAGGGCAGCUGCACUCUUCAGAGACAAGGUUGCAACUCUAGCUGAGGGGAAGGAGUGGUCCAUUGAGACAUCUCCUGCCAAAGACUGGACUCCCCCUCAAGCCAAGACUGGCCUUUCGUCUGCUCACCGAAGUUCUGCAGGUCCAGGGCAGAGCUCAGGAAACUCUUCAGACAAGGCAUUUGAAGACUGGUUGAGUGAUGAUGUCAACUCAUACCAAAGUGGAGGUGGUUACAGCGGUCAAGAGAAUCGCUAUGUUGGCUUUGGCAACACUGUGACUCCUCAGAAGAAGGAAGAUGACUUCUUGAACAGUGCCAUGUCCUCUAUUUACUCAGGCUGGAACAGUUUCACAGUUGGAGCCAGCAAAUUUGCAUCAGUGGCUAAAGACAAUACUACAAAAUUUGCAACCCAGGCAACUCAAAAGUUCAGAGGCUAUAGGCCACCACCGGAGCCGGCUGCAGAGUUAGGCCAGACAUUAAAUGAGAAUGUAAUCAAACCUACUCAAGAAAAGGUAAAAGAUGGCAAAUUGCUAGAUGAAAUGGCAACCGGCAUCACUGGGUUUGCAAACAAGGUCCAGGGAGCCGGUUCAAAGGGCUGGAAGGAUAUGAGUUCUUUCUUCACUGCAAAAUCAGAAGAACCAGCAGACCGCACCCCGACGGGAGAAAGUUACCAGAACAUGGGUUCCUCCGAGGGCUACCAGAACAGCGGCGGGCCUGACAAGGACUUCUGGGAAAAUUUCGGGACCAGCUCAAGCAAGCCCAAGAAGUCCCCCAGCACCGACAGCUGGACCAUCGCCGAUAACUCUGCCGAGAAGAAGAGCUCAGACAGCUGGGAUAACUGGGGCUCUGAGGGGGCCUCCAACAACAAGCACAGCACAGGAGACAGCUGGGAGGCCUGGGACAACAACUGGGAGAACGCCAGCGAGGCCAAGGCCAAAAAGAGCCCCCCAAAGCAGGAAGAGGAGGCGUGGGACAAUGCAGACUGGUAGAGGCCGCAUUCUCGCACGCGUCCUGGUUUAUCUAGCCGAAAAAAAAAACACGUAGAAUUCCAAAAAAAACGCUCUCUUUGAAGGUAGGGUGCAGUCACAUGUUUUCAUUUCUUCCCCAGUUAUAUGUAAAUGGCGUUCAGCUAGGGUUUUCUGUUAUUUUAUAUUGAAUGGAUCAUGUUUUAAAAAGCAUAUGGAUUUAUUUUUGAUGCUUUUUAUCAAAACGCCUGAUUUCUAUUGAAUCUGUGCUGUUUGUUUCAUCAAAUGAGAAAAUUUAAUAAAAAAGAGUAGAAAAUGAAAUCCCAUUUUUUCUUAAUAACAUGAACUAGUGUGAAAAUUCCAAAUUUUCACACUAGUUCUUCUUUGACUGCACCUAACUUUUGAAUCAAAGCUCUUGUAUAUGUUACGUCAACAACAGUGUGAUUCAGUUUAGCAGGUAGUUAGAUUGCAAGUUGUAGAAUUAUGUUUGUGGAACAUUUGUAUGUAUAGCUCUUGUUUCACUAAAACCUUGAAAAAUGAAUUGAUCAGCCAGAGCAGCCAGUCCAUCUUUCUUUGACCAUCUUUAAAAAGCUGGCUCUUUUGAUGGAGAUUUUUAUUCUCACUGGGUGCCCUGGUUAAAAACAGAAUAAAAAAAGAUCUGAAUUAAGUGGAGUCAGUAGAGUUUCCCCCAGGAUUGAAGCUGUGUUCUGAGAGUAGGGAGCAUACUCACUGCUACCCCCUCUACCACCACUUGUUUGUAACGGUUGUCAUAUAUUACAAUCUUAGUACAUUAAUCAUCUCCCAAAACUGAACUCUGGCGGAGGCUGGUAUUUAUAGUGUGUGUG